AUGGCACCCAGGAUACAAACCCAGCGUGUGUCCAACGCCCUCCUCCCCUACCUCACAUCUACCUCCUCAUCUUCAUCAAUCUCUUCCCUCCCUACUUCAUCAUCCUCAUCACAAUGCCUCUCCAGGCAAUUUUCUGCCACGGCAGCACCACAAACAAAGCUCCGUCGGCAAAUGUUUGAAUGGCUUUCCAAUGAAGGUGCCUCUUUGAAGCAUCAUAUUCCUGGGGAGACCAACUAUGUCACUCGCAUUAAAGACCGCGGCGAUUCGGCAGUAACACGUCCAUUCCCCAACAAUCCACACUUCUUCAGCGAGCCUAUUCUCAGUGAGGAGCUGCGAAAUGAGGUCUACAACCGUGUCGUCGGUCAGAAGAAGAGUCUCCGCGCUGUUAGUGUGGAGCUUGGAAUCGAUAUGAGGCGUAUUGCUGCUGUGGUCAGAUUGGUCGAGCUAGAGACCAGACAACGGGCACAGGGCAAACCUCUAGCACUGCCAUAUGCUCGCGCCAUCCACGAGAUGGUCCCAACAACCCCGCUAGCCCAAGGCGGACGGCAACAAUUCCACGAACCCAUCAACGACCUCCCCGCCCACCCGCUGACAGGUGCACAAAUUUUCUACCCAGUCCCAGAAUCCCGCACUUUCAAUCGAGUUGAAGCCGCACGCGUCUUCUCCAGCGCCCCAGCCCAAACACAUGACGAAGCACGCGAGAUCUCACACCCCUCUGACCUGGUGGAGAAAAUUCUCGAAGAACCCAAUACCAUCGGCUGGGUCGGCAAGGGAGUCAACCGCCGUCAGAUUCUGCAGCCCGCUGAUGUGCGCAUUCCCCACCCGCACAUGGUCGCCCUGGAACGCGACCGCAUCGCUCACCCCAAUGAGCCUCGUGCCGUCGCUGAACGCCAGGCCGCGCGUCUCGAGCGUCAAGACAAGAUUGAGCAGGAACGCCGUGAUGCUGCCGCGGCUCUUCGUGAGGACAUGCUCAAGAAUGUUUCUCCCGAGCAGUCUCGCUUCGAGUACCGCAUCAAGGAGACCGUGUACACCAAGGAGACUGUUGGCCCUGAUGGCCGUGCUCCUUGGGCUGUUGGACGCCGGUACGGUGUUCCUCACCGUGACCGCACGCGCGGUGAAGUCAAGAUCCCUACUCAUGUUGAGGCUUGA